AUUUGCUUUCCUGCCUAUUGCUUCUCGUCACUUUAUUCAUCCUCCCGCGCCUCAUCCCUUGGCCCCCCACACAACAUGGCGGACUUGCAAACUCUCGCCCUCUCCACUAAGCCCUCAGCGCAGCUGAGCUACAGUUACCAACCUCCCCAGGGCACAUCUAAGCCUGUCCUGGUCGUUUUUCUCAAUGGUCUCGGUUUACCUCAGGCCUUCUGGCAGCCAGUCAUUGCGCAACUGAAAGCCCUCCGCCAGGACAGCUCCAUCCCUGCCUUCCUCACCUAUGACCGCUAUGGCCAAGGUCAAACAACCGAUCGCGAUCCCGCAGAUGCCGGCGCAGAGGACCCGACGCACGGUCAUGACUGCCUGACCGCCGUCCGCGACUUGCGCCAGCUCAUCACCCAAAUUACCGCCGACAAGCUGGGUACGGCAGAUGUCGACUCGGUCGCUCUGGUUCUGGUGGGCAACUCGAUCGGAUGUGCUCUCGCGCGUAUAUACGCUCAAGAAUACCCCGGGACGGUCGCUGGUCUACUGCUGCUGGACAGCGUGCUGGCCAACUCCGACUUCGUCUCGGUCUUCCCCGACCCUGAUGCCCCCGAUUUCGAUCCCGCUAGUAUUGGACCUCUCCCCGUGGAAGCCAUCCGCGCCGUGCGGGAGGGUGCGCGGCGCAUUUUCCACCCCGACGUCGGCAACAAGGAAGGCCUGAGCAGACGCAACCUGCGUGAAUUGCUGCCAGCCAGUGACAGUCCCCUUCUGAAGGGUCCUGAGGGUCAUGGGCCGUACGUCACCGUGGUGGGACAUGACUUUGACACCUUUGCGGAAGAGUCUGCCAAGAUGGGCCCCCCCAAACCCGUCACAAAUCGCUUUGUCAAUCCAUAUUGGCACAAGUAUAACGAGGGAUUGACAAAGAUUACCGAGGCAGAGUAUAGCAAGGGACCGCUGCAGGCGCCCAAUGCGGGUCACUUUAUCCAAAAGGACAACCCGGAGUUUGUGGUGCAAGAACUGAAUGAGCUUUUGGGCAAGAUUCUGUAAAUAAUUUUACUAUUCCAUUUGGGAUGAAUACAAGUCAUGAUAAUUCUGCAAGUUACAUCAUUUUGUCUGACUC